UGGACGAUGCGAUUUCGUGGUAAAUUUUAAAAGAAGUAAACAAUAAUAUUGAAUUUAAAAGAAAUAUUUUAAGCUAUCAAAUAUUUUAAGCGUAUACAUAUGUAUAUUAUUUCCUCAAAUUUCGCGCCAAGUGAUAGUGUUGAAUUUAUAUUGGCCGCACUUCAAAAAAAGUAUAAAUGCGUUUGACGCUACAAUAACAAACAGCAAUAAAUGUGACUGGCAUAAAUCACGAAAAGGCAAUAUUCUGUGGAUUCACGAAUGCAGACAUACAUACGUAUGUAUAUGGUGAUGCGUGUAUUUUUUUAUAAUUCCAAGUAAAUCCAAGCAAGCAUUCAACUUAAUUCAAAUUAAAAUUAAACGUGAGAAAGUAGCGAAAAAAAUGUCAUUAUAAAAUAAAGGAAAAAAAAUACAAAUAAGUGCAGAACAAGAAAAGUGAUUUUGUUUGGAAGUUACUCGGAUACACAUAAAUAAAUAUAAAAAAGAUCAUUAACCUACGCUUCACAAAAAAAUUAUAAUUUUUGCUUGUUGGAAAAGCGUGUGGAUUGCCGGACAGCUAAAACUCUAAAAGCUUUGUAAAUAGUGUUUCCCAACAAUUUCUAAAUUCGAAAACUUGUAUGACGCACCAGCUGGAGACGUCCCUUAAUAACGAGCAAAUGGAUCCGUAUAUGAAGUCAACACAUACAAAGCGCUUUGUGGUGGAAGAUUCAAUAACCAAAGUGACUUCCGAUGGCGAGCCACAUGAGAUGAUGACAAUGAUUGCCGGCCUCUCGGGACUUUUUGCUGCCAUGGUAAUUCUAGCUGUGCUAAUAUCCCUACUCAGUUGCAAGAGUGACAAGAAGGCGAAACAUUGCAAAAAUUGCCCGCGCACAAACUAUGGCAAAGACAAUUUCGCACGCAACUCUAGUUUGAAUGAGAGCACCACACGCUCAUCCAUAUCGACUACCUAUACACGAGCUACAAGCCUCGAAGAAGGCAAUUCAGUACCAGCAACGCCAAUUUACAAUCCCACCGUUUCGGUUAUUUCUUCGGGCAAUCUUUCGGGUAACCUGAACUCAGCUUUCAUGAAUAGCGAACUGAAUUUGGCCAACACUUUGUCGAAGCCGAAGAAGAAGAAAACACACUGGAGUGAUGAGGUGGAUGCGCAACUGCGUAUGAAGGAAACCACUGUGGAUAUUGAGCGAUUUUGAGGAAAUCAACGAAGCAUGGACGAUUUCAGCUAUACGAAUUUAUGCGCAUGCGCGGAUUGAUACGAUAUUUCGGCUGGGCUGCAUGUUUGUUUCGCUGUUGUAAUUGACAAAGCGAGGACGCGCUUGCUAAAUGUGAAGACUGAUUGGGGGAGGUUGUAGCAAAAGCCUCUUUCAUUUGUUUUGUUCUUACGAAAAGUUUAUAGUAAUUUUCAAAAAAUUACGAGCAUAAAUAUAUACAGCACACAAUUACCUGAUAUAUAUAAAUUUACUUUAGAAUUUAGUGUUAAGCCCAUUCAAGGUGUAUAUAUGAAUGCAUUUUAGCUUUGAAAAUAUUUGCAAAACAUUGAAGAAAUUUGCAAAAAUUAUUUUAAUCACAAACAC